AUGAAUGAACAUCUACUUGUUCAAGCUAAAAACGGCAAUGGCCUAACCACAUUUUUCAUUCAAUUUGCACCAUAUAACUCUACAACAAAAACAUUUUUACAAUGUUCGAUUCUUUAUCCAGAUAGUCUUCAUCAUUAUGUUUAUACUGUGGCUGUUGGUCAAAAACAGAAGAACAAUCAAACUCAUUUUUUCUUUGCUGGUGAACUCAUCAAUGGUCAAAGUGGAGCAUUUGUUGGAAUCGCUGAAUAUCAAGGUAUGACACUUAUAGGGAAUAACAGUCUUGAUGCUUCAUUGUUAUGUAAUACAAGUUUUUCGUAUUCUUUACAAUAUCUAUUGCAUUACGAGCAUCAAGAAUAUUUUGUGCUUGGUGUUGAACCUCAAGGUUUUCUGAGUUAUGGAUUUUCGAAUCAGUUUGUUUUUAUGUUUGAUUCUCGAAAUACAUCUAUUCUACAAUCAUGGAAUGCUAGUUUAACAUGGCCCGAUCAUUCAUUUAUGCCUCAUGGUAUUGCAAUGGCUGAUCAUUUUGGUGUCAUAGCGGGAUUUAUUCAGAAUACUGCUGAUGCAUUAGUCAAACAUAGCCCGAUAGUUUAUUUGAUCAAUUUCAAUUCAUCGAAUCAUCAUCCGAUCAUUAUCGACCAGUAUAAACCAAUCGCUACUCCUGGUACAUGGCAAGAUUUAUUGACAAAUGCUGAUGCAGAUACCUAUUUAGCAAAAUAUGACAUGUCAGUUAGUAUCAAUGAGAAUGGCGAUGUAUUAGUUGGAAUGCAAUUCAUCAAUCGAGUAUUCCUAUUUUCAGUUAACAUGACUAAGCCAAAUAAAUUAAUCUACGUUAGUAGACAUACUAACGGUCGAUCAUUGGGAAAUGGGAAAGGUGUAGCUUGGCUGGGAAAUGGAGCUAUAGCUGCUAUAUUGGUUAAUACCUAUUCGCUUAACUAUCAAUGGUCAUCAUCAAAACUCUAUAUGUAUGAUAUUCGAUCGUUUGGUUUCAACUCGAACAGUACUCCUCUUUCUGUUUUCCCAAAUGGUCAUUACAUGUUACCUCAAAGAUUUAGUUUCGUAUUCUUAAAUAUUAUCUCAUCACCAACAUCAUUAGCAUUACUAGAUGAUAAUGGAAAUAUCUUGAUUUUUCUUCCUGCUCCACCAGGAUUUUAUCCAUCUAUUCAACAUACUGGGUCAAUGCCAGUGAUGACCAGACAAUCACUAUGUAUGCCAGGUACAUACAAGAAUCAGACAGGCAUUCAUGAUUGUAUUCUUUGUCCAUCGGGGACGAAAAAUUCCGGUAACGCCACUACUCAAUGUACUCGAUGUUCAUCGAAAUCAUUCUGUUCACUCGGUUCGGUUCAUGAUGUGCCUCAAUCAGCAUUAAUUAGUAUUGCUCAAGUAAUAGCCUAUCCAAGAUCACCAGAAAGUAUAAUAUUCGAUGAAAUUCUUAUCCAAAACAUGUUUCAUAUUGGAUCAGGUCGUUGUCUUGCGAUAUCACCUUUAUUCUGGACAUUGAUUGUAGCAAGUUUAGCUGUCAUUGUACUGAUCAUUAUGGCUAUACUAGAACUGUUUAUCAAUAAUCCUACUGCUACAAAAAUACGAAGACUCGUCAAACAUGUAUUCAAGCAUACUGAUUUUAUAGGUGAAGGAGAAUUAUGGGUUGGUGGUUUAGUAUCAUUAGCUGUUGUGGUUCUAGUAAGUUUUGCCUAUGCAUUUAGUAAUGUAUAUUCAAAACAAUAUCCAAUUGAAACGGCAUCCAAUUCGAAUUUUGUUUGCGAUAAAACAAUCAGAAAUGCUAAAUUUCAAACAAGUUUACAAUCAUUAGGUAUACCACAUGCUCAAGCGGAACAGCAUAUGUUUGAUUUAUUACACGAACAAGAGCUUUAUUUAAAUAUCGAUUUUGUCAACACAUUGAUUAAUUGUGAUUCAAUAUCGAUGCAAGCUCUAUUCGGUACAACAUGGGCGACUAUUCGAUGGUUAACAUGUCAAAAUAUAAAUUCGAUUCUUUCAUUAUCGAUUUCACUCCCUUAUCAACAUAUUUCUGUGCAAAUACUAAUAGAUGAUGUUAAAACUAUUGGUGCUCUUCGUAUUGGUCUUUAUGGACAUGGAAAUGAGAGUCAGCAUUAUAGAUUAAAAGAAUUGAAUUUUUAUCAAUCAUUUUCAAAAAUUGAACAACUAUUGGCACAAAACCUACCGAUUGCUCUUGCUCUAACUAAAGUAAUUAAUGAAACACUACCUAUGAUUGGUGAAGAAUCAGAAUUCAGUGGUAUUUUCAUUCCAACAUUUACAGUUGAUUUCAAUAGUUUAUUUCUUUCCAAUGACCAAUAUGUUCGUUCAUCUAUUGGAUGCACUGGAAGUUCAACAACCACUGAAACUUAUGUCAAUUAA